AUGCCAUCGACUAGGUUAUUAUCACGGUCGGAUGAAAUAAACUCAUUCGUAGAAGGAGAGGUAAUCGUAGAGGAUGUGAUUCCGCACUCAAAAAUUGGCGAUGGAGGGAACGAAUGUAUUUGCUCGUGUACUUGUUCGGCUUGUCCAACUCUGUUCGAAUGGUGUAUCAAAGAUGCGCUUGGAAUCUCAUGUAAUUUUACAACAUGUUGUCUAUUUCUCUACGGACAAUUUGUGAUGAUUUUCGUUGUUUUAAUACCAAAUAACUAUUCAUUGGCGAACUAUAUUCAUUUUGUCUUACUUCAUUGUCUGGAAUUUCUUGCUCUCUCAUCGUAUUACCGGACAAUGUUUACUAAUCCCGGUGCUGUGCCAUUGAAUGAUGCCACCCCGGAAAAAUUGCGUAGUUACAGUCAUGGCACAACUGUUUAUCGGUGUACAGAAUGUCAAAGUGUCAAGCCACCCCGAGCACACCAUUGUAGAAUUUGCCAACGAUGCAUCAAACGAAUGGAUCAUCAUUGCAUGUUCGUCAACAAUUGUGUCGGACAAAAUAACCAGAAGUAUUUCAUAUUAUUCACGUCUUAUACAUGUAUUAUAUCGAUGUAUACGUUGAUUAUCCUGUAUUAUCAUUUAACUAAUUGUGUAGCAACGAAUUGGACAGCCUGUCCUGCUUGGUCACCGCCGAUGACAUUUGUGUUUGUUAUACUUCUUGGUUUGGAAUCAUUCGGUUUUUUUAUAUUUACUGCUGUUAUGACUACGAUACAAUUCUAUUGUAUAUAUACUGAUACGACUGGAAUCGAAUUCUUUAAAGGAAAACGAAGAUCUUCUCGAUCAUCAAUGUCUUUUCUCUGUGCGUUGAAAACCGUUUUCGGAUCACGUGUUGGACUACAAUGGUUAAGUCCGUUCUCUCGUCCAAUGAACUAUAUUACUCAAAAUGAUGAACAUAUCACAUUUGAUGUUUAA